AAUGAAAACAUUCUCGGCACUCAGAUCGCCCAGUCUGCACUGGUGACUUUCAAGGCAGAGACCGUCUUUGUCCUCUUUAGUUUUGAUGAGAUAAACCAAAUUGACAUUUUUUUAAACUCAGACUUUGAAGCCCCUCCAAAAAGCAUGUUACUAAGUAGAAGCUUGUUUGUUUUGUUCCCCGGUAACCACGUAGCACUGUUCCCGCCUGAAAGUAAGCGGUCAGUAGUUGUCUCCUGACAAUAAAUUGGAACAAUUCUUUAGGGAUGACUCCGAGCUCCGCCCUCGCUAGGUGCGUGCGAAAUUGAAGACUCGGUCAACAAAACUGUUUCCCUUCACAAAUGCUGGUUUCCUACAGCGAAAGACUUCACACUUCCAACCUUUCUUCUCUCCGCUACCACAAAAUCGGAGCACGUCGGGUGGUUUACACUAGCCUUUAGAUCCCUCAAAGCUUUCGCGCGCUUCAAAAUGACCCCUCCGAGGACCUAUAGCGGUGAUGUCAUCUAUACGCGACAAACAGGAAAUAAACUACGGGCUUGCUGUGGCGCUCAGGCGGCUGAGAGCGCUGCGAUCUCCUCCCCGCUCCAGUCUUGGCUGCGAUGGACAGUGCCCGAGAGUCGCCCACGGACAAAGGUGGAGAGACAGCGGAGUCAGAUGAGACGACCUCCGCUCCCGUGAUCCCGGGGACUGCAGACACUGACGCAAUCCCGGAGGAAACUGAUGGAGACGGAGAUGCGGACUUGAAAGAAGCCGUAGCGGAGGAAGGCGAGCUCAAGAGUCAAGAUGUCUCAGAUUUAACACCAGGUGAAAGGGAAGACUCAUCAUUACUUGCUCCUGCAGCCAAAAAACUGAAAAUAGAGACCAAAGAAAAGAAAGAGAAAAAGCAGAAAGUGGAUGAAGAUGAGAUUCAGAAGAUGCAAAUCCUGGUCUCUUCUUUCUCGGAGGAGCAGCUGAACCGCUAUGAAAUGUACCGCCGGUCCGCUUUCCCUAAGGCAGCCAUUAAAAGGCUGAUCCAGUCCAUCACUGGCACCUCUGUGUCUCAGAAUGUCGUCAUUGCCAUGUCCGGUAUUUCCAAGGUUUUCGUUGGGGAGGUGGUAGAAGAAGCACUGGAUGUGUGUGAGAAGUGGGGAGAGACGCCACCGCUGCAACCCAAACACAUGAGGGAGGCUGUCCGGAGGCUGAAGUCAAAGGGUCAAAUCCCCAACUCGAAGCACAAAAAAAUCACCUUCUUCUAGACCGAAGCCCCAAAAGGCCUGUUACUGACAGGAGGAAUUCUGGCUCUCCUUCCCUGCUCCCUGAGACUUUCUGCACUGGUUGCCUCGGCAUCGCAGUCCUCCAGAGAUUCCAUGACGGUUUUAAUGCCACACCUAGAAGGCAUGCAGCCUGCUUCACAGUUGCCUUGACUGAAUUUUGGAACCGCAUAGGCCAUUUUGAGAUGCCCGGCUGUCUCUGGCUAGCUGGAAGAAGAAAGGGGCAGGGACCUGCAGCAUCUUUCGGGCAGGGGAGCUCUUCAGGGAGAAAAUCUUCCGAGAGAACUUUCACACAGCAGCCUAAAGCACCAAGACUAAGUUGUUUCUUGCAUCCGGUUUGAAGUGGAUGAAACCACCAGAAACUUUUGACCUGUGCUACGCCACCAUGAAGGCUGCGGCACUAACAGCAGCAGAGAUAAUUUGUGCUUGCUAACGUUUAAGAUUCUCCUGUGGAUUUUGGUGACCGAUCAUGAGACUUUUCCAGCUUGUAAUCAUUUUGUGUCUAGCUGGUUGGAAUGGGGAGAAUUUGAUCAUUCUUUUUUGGUGUCCAAAUAAAACUAGCCUUGGCUUUUUUGUAGAA